CACUUCCGAUUUUGAAAGAAAGGGGUGGCGGCAAAUAAUAACAACAAAGCGGGGUAUGCAACGGGCAGACAGACUCCCUGGUGAAACAUAUUUCUGACAGUCAUUGCUAGAUAAGUCUAGCAAGACAACCAGAAACACGUUCAAAAAAAUAAAUCUAGCUAGCCAGUCUAACUUACACAAAUGGCAUCGAAGACCGACCAACUUCUCAUCGUGGUGUCCAUUCUUGAAGGUCGUCAAUUCCCAAAGAGCCAGCGCCACAACCUUAUAGUACAUGCAAAGUUUGAUGGAGAGCAGUUGGCUACAGACCCUGUUGAUCACAAGGAGCAGCCUCAGUUCUGCACAGAGUUGGCCUGGGAACUUGAUCGCAGGACCUUGCACCAGCACAGACUCCAGCGCACACCCAUCAAACUACAGUGCUAUGCUGUUGAUACAACCACAUCUGUGAAAGAGUGUGUUGGAUAUAUUAUUCUUGAUUUAAGAUCUGUGCAAGAAAUCAAACAGGCUCCUAAAUGGUAUCCCUUACUAAGCAGCAAGUACACCAAGUUGAAGCCAGCCAUUCUGCUCACCAUUGCACUGGAGAAUGACACCAAACAAACAGAGCUGUCACUAGAACGAUUCAAGGCCAAAAAAGCACCACCAAGACAAGGUUCUCCUGUGUUGCGUAACCUUUUGCCAGAGAAACUAGAGGCUGUUCUGAAAGAGGAUGAAGGAUAUCACCAGAUUGGACAUCAGGAUUAUUGCACUGACUUGUUUGUUUUGUCUGUUACUGUGGCCUUUGCUACCAAGCUUGAACAGUUGAUUCCCAGUACGAUGAAGCUGGUCGGUGAAGGGUCUGAGUUUUUCUUCUAUUAUACCCUGCUGGGUAAUGACAUCACCAGUGAACCUUUCCAAAACCUGAUUAGCCCCAGCUUUGAGCCAGAGAGGGCCUCGGUCCGAAUCCGCAGCAGUGAUCCGGUUCUACUGGCCUUUCUCAGCCUGCAGCCUAGUCUUCAGGUCCACCUCUGCUGUGGGAACCACUCCCUUGGCAGCACAGAGGUCUCCCUGGCUGGCCUGGCUAAGAGCAGUGUGGACCUGGAGAAGCAGGUGGCUACAGUGGAGGGGGCCUUCAUCCUCCAGCCUCCUAACCGAGCCAAGCAAAGCUUGCCUCCUGUCCCCAUGGAUCUGCAGCCCACUGUGGGGGUGUCCGUCACACUCAGGAGAGAGGCUCUCACUACGCCGGUGGGAGCUAAUGCAGAGGGAGGAGAUGGUCCUCUGAUUCCACUGAAGACCGGGACUGUGGAGCACGUCCUCCCUCCAUCUCCCCCUGCUGAAAAGUGGCCCCGAACUCCCUCACCUGGCAUAACGUCCCCCAUUAAGUCUCCCACACCCCUAGCUGAGUCCCCUCCCAACGCCCUCACAGAAAGCGAGGCUAACAGCCUGCAGGUAGAAGCUGCCUUGCAGGCUCAACCUCUCCCAACUGGUUCGGUCCUUGCCCCGUGCCAGGUGGAGGACGAGCCUGAAGGAGGCCUGUCCUCGGUCAGCGUCUCUGCACCAAAGAUAGCCAUCCCCUCCUCGGCACAUCACUACUGUUUCUCCAUGGACCUGCGCAGCGUCCGCAACCUAAACCUGGGCUUCCCCGUCAGCUGCACACUCCGGUAUGCGUACCAGUUUUUCGGGAGUGCCGCCCCCAUCAUGACCAACCCCCCAGUGGAGGUGAAGAGGAACAUGGAGGUGUUCCUGCCCCAGUCGUAUUGUGCCUUUGACUUUGCCGCUCUACCUCACCAAGUCCAGGACACCUUCCUCAGGGUGCCCCUAGUGGUGGAGGUGUGGAACAAGAAUACCAGCUCCAGAGACAUUCUCCUGGGCACGGCCAGCAUACAGCUGUCCCACCUCCUGACUGCAGAGAAGAGCCGCUUCCUGGGCCCCAUGGGCCAGCAGCACUGGAGGCAGACCUUCUCCGAGAGGAUCCCAGUCAUAAAGGCCCAAGGGAUUUCAGCGGCAGGGACUGGGCAUGCUACAUAUAGACUCUUGGAAGAUAUUAUCAUCAGUAGUAGUCAUGUGUGGCUGCAGUUCUAUUGUAUGCUUGCUAGAUGGCACCCUUGGCUGCCUCUUGACUGCUUGGUUGAGCUCGUGUUCGUUCGGUGUGAAACAACUUGCGUGUGUGUCUCCUUCCACAGGCCCAGUGAAAAGGUGGCUGAGCUGUGCUACGUCACAACCCUGGAGAACCUUGGUUUAGUCAAGGUCCAAGAUAUCGUCAUGUCUGAGUCCUCCCAGAAUGAGUAUCCUGUGGCACAAAAGACGGUGCCAGCUCUGCGACCAGCUCCUCCCAGCAGUGCAGGCGGAGUCCCCACCGAGCCCCGCGAGACGCUGGAGUACAGGGCUGCCCUGGAGCUGGAGAUGUGGAAGGAGAUGCAGGAGGAUCUUUUUGAUGACCAGCUGAAGAAGAAAGAGCUGGGCCACAUGCAGGCGCUGGCCGAGGAAUGGAAGAAGAGGGAUCGGGAGCGCGAGUCUCUGGUCAGAAAAAAGGAGGUAGAGUACACCAUCUUGGAGGAGCAGCUUCAGAAGAUUCUGGCUGACCUGGAGAAGAGAGAGAAGCAUCUAGGCCAUGCAGAAAUGGAGAUGCAGCGCUUGCAGAGGGAGAUGCGGGCUGAGCACGAGUUAAGCAUGUGCAAGCUGCAGGAGAGCGGCCGGCGGCUCCGCGAGGACUGCGCUCACCAGGUGGAUCUGGAGAGGUCAAGGGUCAGGCAGCUGGAGGAGGAGCGUGGCAGGCAGCAACAGCAGAUGCUGGAUGCAGAGAACAAAUACAAGCUGUUGGAGAAGGAAUACCAGCAGUUUCGGGAGCAGCAGAGCAUUCGCCCUGAGAUCAGACUACAGUCUGAGAUCAACCUGCUAAGUCUGGAGAAGGUGGAACUUGAAAGGACAUUGGAAUCGACAACAAAGUCGAAACUUCAUUACAAGCAGCAGUGGGGGCGUGCUUUGAAAGAACUGGCCAGGUUCAAGCAGAGAGAGCAGGAGAGCGCCAUGACACGGCUGAAGAAGCAGCAGCAGGAGCUGGAGACCAUGAGGCUGCGCUACCUGGCAGCCGAGGAGAAGGAAGCCGUCAAAAGCGAGAAACACGAGCUGGAGGACAUCAGGAAUGAGCUGAACAGGUUAAAACAACAGGAGGACAAGAGGCCAUGGGGCAGCAACUCUGCCGGCCCCGCCGUGUCUCUCAACGAGAGCGCCGACGAUCACCUCAGCCGGCUGCUGGAGGAGAGAGACACUCUGUUACGCACAGGCGUGUACACACACGAAGACCGCAUCAUCAGCGAGCUCAACAGGCAAAUCCAAGAGGCCAUGGCACACAGGGUGGACCACUAGUCUAGCAUCUCAUGCUAAUGCAUGAUAGAAAACCAGCCAUCAGACUCAUCUAAAUAUGAAGUGUUGAUCAAUUCCUAGUGUGCCAAAUGGUCUGAAUUGGACUAUCAGAUCACUUCAAGCUCCAGGGACAGUAGAAAGCAGCUCCAGGGACAGAAAGCUAGCACAAAGGCAGAAAACUUGAAGGAACAAGUGAGAGUGUCUGCCUUUGCAAGGGAUUGACUUUGUUUUGUGUAAGUGUUUUUGGUUAUUUUUCAUGUUCAUUUUGGCUUUCUUUGUUACAUGUGUGUGUUAUCUGUUUUAUACUAUGGGCUAAUGUCAACAUUUUAGAGAUGAUUGUGAAAAGGGAAAGGCCUAAAAUUAUUUUACCAAGCGUUACAUUCCAAAUGGAUAUGGUUUAAAUUAUUUGAAUGAAAGUGGUUGAAGGUUCGUCGGUGUGUUUAUACUGAAUGAGUUGUCUGUAUACACCAGGUGGCGCUGUAACAUCAGCAAAGCUACAUGUAAAUUUACCAGCUUGUUUUUCUUUUUUCAGAUCCAGAAUUAGUGUGAUAAUUAUUUGUUUGUCAUGACUAACAUGCAUAGACGAUUCUUGAAUGUAUAUUGAUUUGUGUGUAUUAAAUAAAUGAUUUUGGGAUUAUA